AUGGCUGAUGAAUAUGAAACAGACAACAAAGGAGAGCAUGACCAUAUGAAGAAAUUCUUCAGUAGUGCAAAGACAAGAAAAUCUUCAGCUGACCCCAAAACUCCUCACUGGGAUGGCCAGACAGGGAAGCUGGUAAUGGAGCACACUGGAAAUGUCAGAGACAGAAAGACAUCAUGUGCUCCAUUACCAGCUUCCCUGUCUGGCCAUCCCAGUGAGGAGUUUUGGGAAGAAUCUGGAACAUCGCUGAAUAUGUCUGCUGUUAAAGGAGAAAAACCAUUUAUUUGCCCUGAGUGUGGACAGGGAUACCGUAGGAAAGGCAACUUCAGUUUGCACAUGAAGACCCAUUCUGAAAGCAAACCUUUUUCAUGCUCGGAAUGUGGGGAAGGGUUCCUCCUAAGAUGUCAUUGGUUCGAACACAUGAAAACUCACACCGGAGUGAAACCAUUUACAUGUUCAGUGUGCCAGAAAGCAUUUAGGUAUAAAACAAAUCUGAAAAAGCAUUUGAGAGAUCACACCGGUGAGAAACCAUAUACCUGUGAUGAGUGUGGGCAGGCAUUCAGGAAAAGGUGGCAGUUUAAUUUGCACAUGAAAACUCAUGGUGAUCCCAAACCACAUAGGUGUUUGGAGUGUGGAAAGGGAUUUGCCAAGAAAGUGAAUUGUGAAGAUCACAUGAAAGUUCAUACAGGCGAGAAGCCACACAAGUGCAGUGAAUGUGGAAAAGGCUUCAUUUGGAAAGGAAAUCUUACUGCACAUAUGAGAACACAUACCGGAGAAACUCCCUUCAGCUGCAAAGAAUGUGGAAGAGGAUUUAAGAGAAAAAGUCAUCUCCAGGCGCACACGAUUUCCCACUUGAAGCAGAAACAGAAACCACUUAGUUGUACAGUUGACCAAACUGGAUCAGCUGCAGAUGAUGCUAUUGACUAUGAGGUCAUACAUGUAAAUAGCCCUGAGCCAUAG